AUGCCAGCGCCGCGCACUUCCGCUUCCGGUUCUUUCUUCCCGGAGUGGCUCGGGGGCUAGCGUGGGGCUCCGCGUGGUCUUUGUUAGCUUCCACCAUGGCGUACCGCGGCCAGGGCCAGAAGGUGCAGAAGGUGAUGGUGCAGCCCAUCAACCUCAUCUUCAGAUACUUGCAAAAUAGAUCUCGCAUUCAGGUGUGGCUUUAUGAGCAAGUGAAUAUGCGGAUAGAAGGCUGUAUCAUUGGUUUUGAUGAGUAUAUGAACCUCGUAUUAGAUGAUGCAGAAGAGAUUCAUUCUAAAACAAAGUCAAGGAAACAACUAGGUCGGAUCAUGCUGAAAGGAGAUAAUAUUACUCUGCUCCAAAGUGUCUCCACCUAGAAAUGACUUGAAUGCUAAGAGAGGAGUUACUGAGAAACAAUAUAGUUUGUGUUUAUGGUGUCCUUUGUUUGGAGAAUAUGUCUUACCCAUUUAUUCAUAUUUGCUUACAAUAACCUUAAGUAACUACUAGAUGACAAUAAAUGAUGUUGAAUUGUUUUUGUUAAAAAAGUUUAUAUUGUUUCUUUCUAGCCAAUCGAGACUUACAUAGUGGCACCAUUAGCCAGCUGUUAGUAUUUUAGUUUUCUGAAGGGUGGCUCUUGGCCUGGCACUUGCUUUUCACAUAGCCAGAUCUCUAGAUUCUUAAGGCAAAGAGUAGGAAUUCUGUUUGACAGGUAAGCUUCUGAUAUUGGGUGGAAGAGAACAGGGGGUUCACAAAAAUAAAGGCAAGUGUACUAUUAUAUGUCUUUAUCAUCAGUUCUAAUUGCGGGUGCUGGAACUACAGUUUCUAACCACAAUAGGUUGGCGAUAUAACAUCUACAGUAUUUAAAAAUAGAGUCAUUGUAUGAGGCCUUUUCUAUUUUAUCACCAAGAUCCGAAUGUGAGAAGUACUUGGGUUUAGGCAAAGAAUGAAAUCCCUUCAAGGUACAUUUAAAAUGAGCUCUGUUAAGAGUUAACAAGAGGGACACUGGGUUUGAUAACCUGAAAAAAAGACCAUAAGCAGCUCUGGGAAGUUAAGUGGAAUAAUAAAUCAUGUUAGUUGGAAAAACACCUGUCUCUUCUCCAAGAAUGUUGGUUCCUCCCCCAAUGAUUGCUUAUUUUUCUAAUGGAAUCGUGUGGACGGAUCUCUCCUUCCACAGUAUCUCAGGAUGGUUCUAGUCAGAAUCCUGUUAAACAGCUGUGGAGCACCUUCUGUUAGACACAAAGUUAAACAACGAAACAGGCUGGCAAAUAGCUUCAAUACCAUGCGUUGCGUACUAUUUAAAAUGGAUCUAAAGGAUGGGAUAGGCCUACCUUAAAACUCUGGUAAUGGGCAGUAUUAAGUGGAGGUGAGGAAGGACCAAGAAGUUCAUUUCCUGUUUUUCUUUAAACUGAGUAAAAGAAACUCUGUGAAGAAGAUUUGUAGGUGAGUAGAGACCUAACUUACAACUUGGCAUUAUAGCUGUUCCACUACUAUUUGACCUUUUGCUCUCGGUAAUAUUUUUAAAUAAAGGGCUGUUUUAGCUCUUAACUUUGGAUCUGAAAUUCAUUGAACCUGCCGCAGCAUGCAAAGGAAACAGCGGGCAGCAGAGGGAGCUGCAGUCCUGAGCCUGCACCAGCCUUUCUGGUGGCAAGCUGCCUGAGAGCAGAGAGCAGAGGCUGCAGCUUUCUUGGCACCAACGUGGCUGGAAAGAAGGAUAAAGGCUGGAACAAUGUAAUCCCUAAGAAAACAUGCCGGCUGCUGCUUCCAUUUCCUCGUGCGACCCUUCUGACCUGGCUGCCCAGUGUAAGCAAAACUGCCUGCUGUGGCUUACUGAAUGGAUCAAGAUGUGAAGGUUCUGUUUUUGACAGCAAGUGAU